CUGACCUGGCUGCUACUGGCCGACGCGCGCGCCUGCGCGCCCGGCCGCGGACAUUACCGGCGCCGGUCGCCGCGCAAGCUCACGCCGCUCGUGUACAAGCAGCACGUGCCGAACGUGAGCGAGAACACGCUGGGCGCGUCCGGCCUACCCGAGGGUGCCAUCACGCGCCAGGACCCGCGCUUCCGCGAGCUGGUGCCAAACUACAGCGAGGACGUCAUCUUCAAGGACGAGGAGGGCACCGGCGCCGACCGUCUGAUGACGCAGCGGGGGAAGGAGAAGCUGAACACGCUGGCCAUCUCGGUGAUGAACCAGUGGCCGGGCGUGCGGCUGCGCGUGACAGAGGGCUGGGACGAGAGCGGCCUGCACGCGCCGCAGUCGCUGCACUACGAGGGCCGCGCCGUCGACAUAACCACCUCGGACCGCGACCGCAGCAAGUACGGCAUGCUGGCGCGGCUGGCCGUCGAGGUCGGCUUCGACUGGGUCUACUUCGAGUCGCGCUCGCACAUCCACUGCUCCGUCAAGUCAGUCGUGACGCGCGGAAACGGCCAAGGUGCUGCUUUUCGGCGACAAGGGGCAGUGCUGGCCGACGGCCGGCGGCGCCGCUUCACCAGCUGCGGAGACGCGACGGUCGUCAAGGCGGUGGACGAGAGCGGCGCCGUGGUCGACAGCGAGGUGAUCCUCUGGCUGGACCGUGACCCGACCGAGCGUCGGCUCUUCUAUCGGCUGACAACGGCGUCCGGCCGUCGGCUGACCGUCACGCCCGGCCACCUGCUCUACGUGCUGGACGCGGCCAGCGCCGCCGCCGGCAACGUCACGGCGCUGGACGCGCGCGUCACCUUCGUCAAACACGUGAUCGAGGGCGACUACGUUCUAGUCGGGCGGCCGGCGGGCGGCGCGCCAGCGGCCGAGCGCGUGGCCGCCGUGGACCUGGUGACUGGGCGGGGCGUGUACGCGCCCCUCACGCGGCACGGCACCGUGCUCGCCAGCGACGUGCUCGCCUCGUGCUACGCCAUGGUGGACGACCAAAGCACGGCGCACGCCGCCUUCCUGCCCGUGCGCUGGGCGGUGAACGUACGCGACUUUGUUAUGCAUUUGUUGGAACAGUUUGGCGGCGGGCGGGCGCCGCGGCGGGCGCUGGUCGCGGCCGUCGAGCCCUCGUCCGGCGUGCACUGGUACGCCAGCCUGCUCUACGCGCUCUCCGACUACGUCCUGCCCCGUGAUAUGAUGCUGGACUGAGCCGGACGGGCGCCCGGACGCGUGCCGCGUGCAGGACGUGGUGGCGCGGCGGACGUGUUGUUGGUCCGGCGCGCGCGCGUAGAGGAUUUGACACGUGCGGUCGUUGGGUGUAUGCGUGCGCGUUGUCCGAGCUUGUCUGCGAUAUGCGCGUCUGUUUAUGCCACAUUUUAUCAUUAACUCAUCGGCGGAAGAGCUAUUUAUUUGCCGGGGCGGGACACUGUACAUUGUCACGGAUCGGCGCCGCGCAGCCCACCAUGUGCGCUCUCGUGUUUGCUGUGCUGCUUUAUGGCGUGAGCGAUGUUUCCGACAAGCAUCAAAUAUAGGAGACUGACUGA